CUUCCCUUUUCGUUCUUUAAUUCUUUUCCUUCCUUUGCAUUCUCCUCCCCUUCGCCUCACCGCCAUUGCUUCCUCCUCCCCCGAUCGCCACCGCCGCGGCGUGGCCGAUCUCCUCCACCAAUGGACGAAUCUCCCGUCGAGAUUUGCUCCCCGGCCGAUCAGCCUCCGCCCGCCUCCGACGGCGACCACCAGGCCUACCUCGUCCCCUACAGAUGGUGGAGGGACGCGCAAGACCCGGAGACGGACAAUGGGCCGAGGGGAGUGCCCUAUUCCGCGUCCCAGACCUCGACUUCUUACGGCAUGAAGUUCAUCAACAACAUCUUUAGCUCGGAUCUUGUGUUUAAUCUCCGGCGAGAUGAUGAUUUGGGGGACGAUGACGAGGAGAGUUCUCGGAGCCGGUGCUACGCUUUGAUUGGUUCGGAUUUGUGGUCGCAGGCGCUCAAAAGGCAUUCUGACUCUGAUCUGACAACAAAGAAAAUCGAAAGCUCAUCAUUCACUGAUGAUGAAAUGAUUGAUGUUUAUCCUUUGAUGAUGAGGAUCUCUGUAAUGCGGGAAACAAACAUAUUCCUAAUAAAGAUUAGCAAAAGGGAUAAUGCUGUGGAGAAUUACAAAAAGGCGAGCAAGAUUUUUGGUGUCGACUCAGAACCAGUUCGCAUUUGGGACUUUUCUGGACAAACAAAUCUGAUAUUAAUGAAUGAGUGGAAUAGGUUUCCUCAAAAUUGUCAUCAAAGGGCAGAUCAAGAGGUUCUUCUAGAAGUUCAGGUCUAUGCAAUAUCAGAAAAUAUGACUUGCAAAAGUGAAGUUAAAAAAGAUGACUCAGCAUCUGAUCAAUCUAAAAUGAAUGGAUUCUCUCUUGGUGGCUCACCUGUAUGCAAUGGCAGCUUAGGAUAUGUGGACUCAACUCUUCAAAAUGGAAAUGUCAAGGGAGGUGGUCCGUUUGGUUUGAGAGGAUUAGAGAAUCUUGGAAAUACAUGCUUCAUGAACAGUGCAAUCCAGUGUUUGGCUCACACACCGAAGCUUGUAGACUAUUUCCAUGGAGAUUAUAGUAAAGAGAUUAAUCUUACCAAUCCGUUGGGACUGAAAGGGGAACUUGCUUUGGCAUUCGGAGAUUUAUUAAGGAGCUUAUGGGCACCUGAAAGAACGCCAGUUGUUCCACGGGUUUUCAAGGCAAAGCUUGCUCGUUUUGCUCCUCAAUUCAGUGGCUUUAACCAACAUGACUCACAGGAGCUUCUUGCCUUUCUGUUAGAUGGACUUCACGAGGACCUGAAUCGUGUCAAACACAAGCCAUAUGUAGAAGCUAAGGAUGCGUCUGGUCGUCCUGAUGAAGAAGUUGCUGAUGAAUAUUGGGGAAAUCAUUUAGCUCGAAAUGACUCUAUCAUAGUUGAUAUCUGCCAAGGUCAAUACAAGUCGACAUUAGUUUGUCCUGUUUGCAGCAAAGUGUCCAUUACAUUUGAUCCAUUCAUGUAUUUAUCUCUGCCAUUGCCAUCAACAACUAUGAGGACAAUGACUAUAACAAUUUUCAGUACUGAUGGUAGUAUCGAGCCUUCUGCCUACACUAUAAAUGUGCCAAAGUUUGGGAAACUGAGGGAUCUUAUUCGGGCUUUGAGCACUGCUUCUUCUUUGAGAAAUGAUGAAAGUCUUUUGAUUGCUGAGGUUUAUGCUAAUUGCAUUAUCCGAUUUUUGGAUGAACCAUCUGAUUCAAUAUCCUUGAUUAGAGAUGAAGAUCGCCUAGCUGCAUACCGGCUGCCAAAAGAUGCGGAAAGAGCUCCGCAGGUGGUGUUUGUGCACCAAAGAAUGGAAGAGUAUUACAUCCUUGGCAAAAGGACAAGUUGGAAAGGCUUUGGUGUUCCUCUUAUAGCAAUCCUGCCAGAUGUUGUUGAUGGGUCCACUAUUCAAAAACUGUUUUUGAAGCUUGUGAAUCCAUUUAAAAGAAGCAAGGAUACUGGACCAGUCGACGAUCAAGAUAGUUGCAAUAGCAAUCCUAAUGAUGCAGUACCCCAAACAGUGGCUGACAGUGAGUCUACAGAUGAUGCUGUCGAAGAGACCACUGAUAGUGAGGACGAGUUCCAAUUUUAUUUAACAGAUGAAAAGAGCAAAAUCAUGCAAUGCAAACUAGAAAUGGACGAACCUGUUUCAUUGCCUGAAUUGCAAAAGCAUUUGUAUGUUCUAGUAUGUUGGCAGAGUAAAGCAUUAGAACAAUACGAUUCUAACCUUCUGAACACCUUACCUGAGAUUUACAAGUUUCGGCUUUUUCCUAGAAGACCUCAAGAUUCCUGUACUUUAUAUGCAUGCCUUGAAGCCUUCCUUAAGGAGGAACCGCUGGGCCCAGAGGACAUGUGGUUUUGCCCUUCUUGUAAGAAGCCUCAGCAAGCUAGCAAGAAAUUAGAUCUCUGGAGGCUGCCAGAAGUCCUCGUCAUCCAUCUGAAAAGAUUUUCAUACAGUAGGUACAUGAAGAACAAGCUGGAGACACUCGUCGACUUUCCUAUUCAUGACCUGGAUCUGUCAACGUAUAUUGCUGGCAUGCCCGAGCAGGCAUCAAACAACUACCGAUUGUAUGCUGUUAGCAAUCACUAUGGCAAUAUGGGAGGUGGCCACUACACUGCUUAUGUCUAUGACGAGAGAGAGAACUGUUGGUAUGACUUUGAUGAUCGCAGUGUUUCUCCUAUUGCUGAGGAAAGCAUUAAAACUUCGGCAGCUUAUGUUCUGUUCUACAGGAGGACCUAAAGCAACUGCAUCGUUAUAACGUCACUGUAGCUUCAGCCAUUGAUGAUCACGAAACCAACUUGCUUAGGCUUUCGGAGCUGGAAACACUUAUGGUCGUCAGUGUGGGGGUUCUCGCAGAACAAAAUAAUUGGGCCAUUGGAAGAUAACAAACAUCAACGUCUGGAAUGCAAGUUGAGAUCCGAUGGCAUGAGACGGCCGAAGUAGUUAAUUCAGGAGAGAAUUUUCCCAUAUCAUUAACUUCUGAGUUCUGAUCAUCUCAGACUUCUCACAAGUGAAGGAUGUUUUUGGGUAUAGCUUUUGAUUCCUUUUUCUCACCCAUUAUAUAUUUUUUUCCAUUGAGGGGGAGAUGUUAGGCCACCAUACCAUGUAUCUUUUUUUGUGAUCAUAUCAAGUGUCAUUCGAUUUGAUUAUUUUGCAGUCAUCCUUUGCUUGUAUAGUCUCUUUGACUUAAGGAUCCUGGUUUCCAAUCUCUUCCCUUUU